UCUCUGGGGUAACUAUGGUAACGGACCCUGCUGCUGCUGCUACAGCUAGAGCCUUUACCAGAGGCGCCCAUGAAGAGGCGCUGUUCAUCCGCCCUGGCUGCACUUCCCUCAGCCUGACUCUGGAGCGCCGGGGUGCCUGUGCUGCUGGAGGCGGUGAGUCGCUCUUUAUUGUUCCAGUAGAAAGCUCAAUGCACGGCUUCCCACAUUUGUCUCAAUGGCUACCACACAGAAACCACGUCCCACCUGAGAGGGAGCGGUUCGGCAGCGACAGGAGGACUUUGAAUCCACCUAAACUUCAGCGCAACAUUGUGUCGGAUUUAGCUUCUGCGCUGGGAAUAAAAAAGCGCAUACAGAAGGACAAUCUGUGGAUCCUGAAGAAAGAGAGGGGGACGUGAACAGAGGUGCCUGCAGCUCGAGCGCUCCUUUACCGUAGAGGGCCGUCACUAUGGUGGAACCAGCCGAGAGGCCGUCCGCUGCCGGACAGAGGCUGAGCGCCCCAGACAGCUUUGGGGUUUCCACGUUGGAGCCCGGUCUGCGCCCUCCAACCCAGGCUCCGGGGCGACAAGUCUCCAUAAGGGUUCAGCUGCUCGAUGACACACAGGAAGUCUUCCAGAUAUCGCAACGUUCCCCCGGCAAAGUGCUGUUCGACCUGGCCUGCGUCCACCUCAACCUGACAGAGGGAGACUACUUUGGACUGGAGUAUCAAGACCAUCGCAAGAUGACUGUGUGGCUGGACCUGCUGAAGCCGACGCUGAAGCAGUUGAGACGGCCUAAAAACACCAUCCUUCGUUUCGUGGUCAAGUUCUUCCCUCCUGACCACACACAGCUCAUGGAGGAGCUGACUCGGUAUCUGUUCGCCCUGCAGAUAAAACGUGACCUGGCCUGCGGUCGUCUCAUCUGUAACGACACCAGCGCUGCUCUCAUGGUCUCCCACAUCAUACAAUCUGAAAUCGGUGAUUUUGACGAGACCCAGAGCUGGCAGCACCUCCUCCACAAUAAAUAUCUGCCCGACCAGGACGCCAUCAGAGAUAAGAUCACAGACUGCCACCGCAAGCAUGUCGGGCAGACUCCUGCAGAGUCAGACUAUCAGCUGCUGGAGAUCGCCCGGCGUUUGGAGAUGUAUGGUGUCCGCCUGCACCCGGCGAAGGACCGGGAGGGGACUAAGCUCAGUCUGGCUGUGGCGCACACCGGAGUGCUUGUUUUCCAGGGUUACACUAAAAUUAACGCUUUCAACUGGUCCAAAAUCCGUAAGCUCAGCUUCAAACGCAAAAGGUUCCUCAUCAAGCUGAGAGCAGACCCCGCUCAGAGUGCCCACCACGACACGUUGGAGUUCACCAUGGCCAGCAGGGAUUGCUGUAAGAUCUUCUGGAAGAUCUGCGUGGAGUAUCACGCUUUUUUCCGGCUCUUUGAGGAACCUAAGCCCAAACCCAAACCUAUCCUCUUCACCAGAGGAUCCUCGUUCCGCUUCAGUGGUCGAACCCAGAAGCAGAUCAUCGAUUAUGUGAAAGACUCCGAGUUUAGAAAGGUUCCAUUUGAAAGGAAGCACAGUAAGAUCCUGUCCAACUUCGGCAUGUCCCCUCAGUCGUCUUCCUUCAGAUCACAAGUGCCAAAAGAGAGUGCCAUGUCCGUCCAGAUAGCAGACCAGCCUGACUCAUCCAGACUCGGCCAUCAAGCUGUGUCCAACGGUUCAGAGGAGCCGCCAGCGGCCGCGUCAUCCACCAACGGCUUCCACGAGACAGACCCGACUCAGAGCCGCCAGAACCACAACGGCAACGGACCGGCGCCGGACCCACAGUUCCUCAACCCAGAAAGUCCUGGCUCUGAGGACUCUCCAGCUGGAAGUCCCCAUGUGGUCGUGAACGGAAACGGCUCUGUACACGGGCAGAUUAUGGGCGGUAUCGGCGUCCUGCACGGUCCGGGUCAGAGUCCUGAGAGACAGCAGCUAUCGCCUCUCACCAGCCCGCUGCUCACUGAUGCCGGAUGUGUCCGUCAUGAUGAUGAAGAGGAGGCGAGGAGGAAGAAGUUUCCCACAGACAAGGCCUACUUCAUCGCCAAGGAACUGUUGACAACAGAGAGGACCUACCUCAAAGACCUGCAGGUCAUCACCGAGUCCUUCCAGAGCGCUGCAGGGAAAGAAGAAACCUUCCCAGACGUUGUUAAAACGGUGAUGUCCACCAGCUACGAUCCCAUCCACAAGUUUCACCAGGGCUUCCUCAAAGAGGUGGAGCAGCGGCUGGCACAGUGGGAGGGUCGAUCCAACGCCCACAUUAAAGGAGACUAUCAACGCAUUGGUGACGUUCUCCUGAAGAACAUUCAGGGUCUCAGGCAGCUGACUGUUCAUCUCCAGAAACAUUCAGAGUGCCUGGUCGAACUUGAACGAGCCUGCAGGUCCAGUCGUAAGGUGGAUGCCGUGUGUCGAGAGUUCGAGCAGCAGAGAGUCUGCUACCUUCCCUUCAACAUCUUCCUCCUCCGCCCUCUCCACCGCCUCCUCCACUACAAACUCAUCCUGGAGCGGCUCUGCAAGCACUACCCGCCCACACACGACGACUUCAGGGACUGCAGAGCUGCCCUGGCAGAUAUUUCAGAGAUGGUGCUGCAGCUUCAGGGCACCAUGAUGAAGAUGGAGAACUUCCAGAAGCUGCUGGAGCUGAGGAAAGAUCUGACUGGCAUCGAAAACCUCGCCAUCCCAGGAAGGGAAUUCAUCAGGCUCGGAUGUCUCAGCAAACUCUCAGGGAAAGGCCUUCAGCAGAGGAUGUUCUUCUUGUUUAGUGAUUCUUUGGUGUACACGAGUCGAGGAAUGACGCCGUCCAAUCAGUUUAAAGUUCACGGACAGCUGCCCCUGUAUGGCAUGACGAUCAGAGAAAGCGAGGAGGAGUGGGGAGUCCCUCACUCGUUCACCUUGUUCGGACAGCGCCAGUCUGUCGUUGUGGCAGCGAGCUGUGCGUCAGAGAUGGAGCGGUGGGUGGAGGACAUCAGGAUGGCCAUCGAUCUAGCGGAGCAGAGCAGCAGCCCGAACACUGACCUGCUGUCCACCAGUCUCUCUGACAACAAGCUAACAGAAGACGGCGUAGCUGAUUUGGAGUCGGAGGAGGAGCUAGGCGGCUCACGCUCAUCUCUGGAGCGUCAGGGUCACCGAGGCAACACCACCGUGCACGUCUGCUGGCACCGCAACACCAGCGUGUCCAUGGUGGACUUCAGUGUAGCUGUGGAGAACCAGCUGUCGGGUAACCUGCUGAGGAAGUUUAAGAACAGUAACGGCUGGCAGAAACUCUGGGUGGUCUUCACCAACUUCAGCCUCUUCUUCUACAAGUCACACCAGGACGACUACCCUCUGGCCAGCCUCCCUCUCCUCGGGUACUCCGUCACCGUCCCGUCGGAGUCAGAGAACAUCCACAAAGACUACGUUUUCAAACUCCACUUCAAAUCCCACGUGUACUACUUCAGAUCAGAGAGCGAGUACACGUUCGAGAGGUGGAUGGAGGUGAUCCGCAGCGCCACAUGCUCCGCCAGCCGCUCACUGCCCAGCACCAGGAAAGACUUCUAUUGAUGACUCUGGACUUCAGGCUGCUCAGGCGGCACUAAGAGACUCUUAUUUUAAACUCACUGCACACAGCAGGCGCUCGUACGACACACAUCCCUCCAGAGGUUGUCCCACUUCACUUUCUGUACGCACACUUUCUGCACCACUAGUGUCUGAUCUCGUACGACUUCUUCUGCACCAAACUGGCAACACAACACUUUGCUGGAACUUUUUUCAUGUUGAGAUUCAAAGUAUGUUUUUAGUGUUAAAUGCUGUUCACAUGCACACUGAGGUUUUAUGCUCUUAUCCCUGGGAUUAGCCUGACUGAAUUACACAAACUAUUUGGGACACUUCAUGAGUUUGUGCACCACAUCACACACUUUACUUUUUUAUUUCAUGACAGAUUUGUGAUGAGAAUGAAAAAUGUGUAUAAAAUAGUGCUCAAUUGUGUGCAUGUGAACACACAAGUAUUCUUCUGUGUCUGGAGAUCGAAUGAGAUGAAUUUAACGUGUUGCCAACAUCCAUCUAUUCCUUUUUGUGAGACAACUUUUUGUACAGUACAUUGAUACACUGUGAAAUGUCCUUUUUCUAUGUUUUCCUUUUAAGCUUUUAUUUUUGAAAGGCUGAAACAAAAGCCUCCAACGCCAACAGAGAUUUCACUGGGUCUUUUGCCAAAUACUGUCUCUUCUGUACCUUCCAGUUGUCUGGAUUUUAAUCUUCUAAAUAAAAACGAGGAACUCAAGUGUUCAUAUGUAAGAAAGUA